AUGGUCGGCCGGGUCCCCGCAGCCCCCUCCCGGGCUGUGGCGGGGACUGGCGUCCCGAGGGACCUCCCCUCCCCCUCCCCCAGGCGGUCCCCGGCGCGCUCCAAUUACCCUGCGGCCGUGCCAAGGCCUUCAGCUGCCCCCGGGCCGCCCUCGCGUCCCCGGAGAAGUGCCAGGGACGGAACGCGCGGGCGGGAGGGCCGAGGUGGGGGCUCCCAGGGGCUUCGCCGCGCUGCAGGAGAGCCCGGCGGCCCUGGGGCAGGGGCACUGAGGGGAGGGGAUGCCCCGGGGGCCCGAUGCCAGAGUGUUCACCUAGGGAAGCCCAAAGGCAGCAGCGAAACCCGCUCCCCGCAUAGAUGGUGA